UCUGUCUACUGCUCUGGAACUCACGCUCUAGAUACUGGACUGUCAUCAACAUGCUGAGGAACUCCCAUUAUGAAUCAUUUUUGGCCGAGCAGGCAGCACAGAAAUGGCCCCCUCGCGAGGACACUCUCACUGCCUUUCGAUUCCUCUUGACCGACUCCUCGGUGUCGCCUGUGGAAGUAGCCAAGAUAGCCCUUUCCUGCGCGACCACUGAAGCGAACUCCAUCCCAGAAUACGGCGACAUCUGGUCGGUCCUCAUGGCGGCCGUGGAGCGAUUUCCAGAACAAAGCGACCGACUCGUGGACUUCACCGUUGCACUACAGCAACUGCCCAAUUAUGAUGGGGAGAUGCACGAAUUAGAUGGGCUUGCGAUGCAUUUGGCUGAGUUUACUUUCAACCGUGGGUUAUUUAUUCAGUGACGCUGGAUCCCCAGGCAGACUCUAAACAGGAAUGGAUGCCGAUCACCCCUUCAACGAAACGACGCGCGACCAAGAGCGGCGCGGCUUCGUCAAUGCGAACCUCUUCACAGCCAAGCUUUACUUGCAGAUCCCCCGGACGAAUCCGUUUGGAUUUUUCAUUGGCUUUGGGUCACAGGUGUUGAGAAAGACUCUGGAGUCAGCCCCAUGGGAGAAAUUCCAUCAUCCGCGCAUUGAAGCCUAUCUUGAAGACGUCGAGGAAGACUCGUUGUACAAUCAGCUGCGCGAUGAGGAGCUGGAGGAGAUCGAUAUCAGGACGCUGAAUGGGUUUGUGCCCGCUGCGGCGGUGUGGAUCGAGUAUUGUGGUAAGGAGAAAUAUGACAAAGCUGGCUCCUUGGGACGGGAGAUUCCUGCUUGGGACAAAUGGACUGGACCUGAAGGCUGGUCAAAGGACCGAUGGGCAUUCUGGAAAAAACGGUUCGAAUGGAUCUCCACUGUUAGGGCGUUGGAUCGCACGACGAGAAAGAUAGCUACGAACCUGGUGGAACAGAUGACCAGAAUUGUGCGAGGAGAAGAUGGGAUCAUUUAGUGGAGACCAGUGUAUUAAGGCAAAAGUAUCAGAAUACUUGAACACAAAUAAUGUGCGUCUGGGAUACUACUCGGACGGGCAUGUAGCUUUGUGUAUACAUUCGAGUUGGCUCAACACCGUCAGAUUCGCCGGAGAUUUUCCUUUGGAGCUAGUUGCAUGCCACCGAAUCGAGUAGUUCGUAAUACGAACGUCGCUUCGCCACAGAC